UAAAAAAAAAAAAAAUGAAAAAACCCUACGAGGGUUCAGCUUCUUCCAGUUAUUGUCGACCCCUCUCCUCCUGCUCGGUUUUUCUUGUCCGGCGGCGAUUGUAGUCAACCCACGAGCAGCGGUGUCGGCCACAGACACCCGUGAGCCACCAUUCUUCGCCGGAUUCUUGGCUGUGCUGUCCAGCAGCAGUUCAGGGUAUUCAAAGAUACUAUUGGCGAGUUUUGAGUUUUGAGAUACAGUAUAAGCUCUGGUGGAAUCAGCAGUUAUGUCUGCAGUGGAAGAGAAGCUAGAUGAAAUCGAACCUUCAGCAAUGAAUAAUGAUGAUUCGGUGGAAGAAGAUGAAGGAGAGGAGGACCUUUCAUGGUCAUCAGACUCUGAGAUUGGAGAUGCAUUGGACUGGUUGGAUGCAAAGGGAGAUAGAGAAGCAGUAGAUGGGGCAUUUUCACUCAAUGCUAGGCGUCCUAAUGCUCAUGGUGGGCUUUAUUCUCGUCAAAAUUCCUCAACUCUUCAACCUCUCUCAAAUCGGAACCAAAAGUUUACCAAUCACAUUCGAGCUUCACCUCUUGCAGAAUGGGAAGGGAGGUUUAAUGUGGGAAUGUCAAAUUCUGUUACCACUGCUAUUCGUGACAGUGUCAAGGAAAUGGCUAUAGGGAAGACAAAAACUACAGAGAAAGCCGAUCGUGCAACUGUUGAACAGGCAAUCGAUCCUAGAACUCGAAUGGUUUUAUUCAAGAUGCUCAACCGAGGUGUUUUUCAUGACAUUAAUGGCUGCAUUUCUACUGGGAAAGAAGCUAAUGUCUAUCAUGCAACAAAAUCUGAUGGUCAAGAAUUCGCUAUCAAAAUCUACAAAACUUCAGUUUUGGUGUUUAAGGAUAGGGAUCGCUAUGUCCAAGGUGACUACCGUUUCAGACACGGAUAUUGCAGGCAUAAUCCCAGGAAAAUGGUUAAGACAUGGGCCGAGAAGGAAAUGAGGAAUUUGAUGAGGUUAAAAGCUGCAGGAAUUAGAUGUCCGACUCCUCUCCUCUUGAGACUGCACGUGCUGGUUAUGGAGUUCAUUGGCAAGACAGGUUGGGCUGCACCUCGUCUUAAGGAUGCUGCCUUGUCGUUGAACAGGCUACGGGAAAGUUAUUUGGAGAUAAUUAUUACAAUGCGGACACUCUACCAGAAGUGCAAGUUAGUGCAUGGAGAUCUUAGUGAAUAUAACAUACUUUAUUUUGAGGGUCACCUUUAUAUUAUAGAUGUUUCUCAAGCCGUUGAUCUUGACCACCCUCAUGCCCUUGAUUUCCUCCGUGAAGAUUGUCUUCAUGUUUCUGAUUUCUUUAAAAAACAUGGUGUAGCUGUAAUGACAAUACGAGAACUGUUUGAUUUUAUAGUUGAUCCAUGCCUCACUGAUGAGAUGGUUGAUAAUUAUCUAGAAGAGAUGCAAGAGAAAAUCAUGGCAAGAGGUGAUAUAUCAGUGGAGGAUGAAAUUGCGGAUUCUGUAUUUGUCCAGUCAUAUAUUCCAAAGACACUGGAUAGUGUCAAACAUGCUGAGGAGGAUGUAAUACGUUUAACAAGUGGUCGGGACACUGAAGAUAUGUACUAUAAGACCAUUACAGGCUUAAAACAGGCCCUUCCAAGAGUUCAACCUGCGCCGGAGAUAAAAGAUGAGGAAGAACACCAUGCAGACCCAAUUGAACCGUCCAAAAAUAUAACCAGUUUGUCAAAUUCUUGCGAGAAAGAAACCGAAUCGACAUCAGAGGAAGAUGAAGAGAGCUCAAAUGAGUCAGAAGGAGAACUGGGUUCUUCAACCGAGACGACGCAGAUGCCAGUUGACAGGAAAACUGCCAGAAAAGAGAACAAAAAGAAGGUGAAGGAAGAGAAGAGGGAGGCUCGCAAGAACAAGGUCCCAAAGGCUGUAAAGAAACGAAAGAAGAAGUUGGCAAAGUCCCAUAAGUAAGGUGAAAACUGGUUCAAUAAGGUCCGUUUUGAAUGUCGAUGGUUACUAUUAUGAACUGGAUCAUGUAAAGUUCUUGGUUUAUUGUUUAUUUAUCUUCCGUUUUCAUUUGAUUUAACAAGGGUACAAAUGAAAAUGGAGAUAAUACGAUUUUGCUGUCUGAUUUAUGAGAAUUAGGAUCUAUAGCUUCAAACAGAAACGUUCAUAUUACUUUUUCAUGUUUAUUACAUGAAAGCAUGAAGAAAAUGGUUUAUAAAGAAGAGAUUUGUAUC